AUGGAUGAAAUAGAGGUAGGAAUGAAUCCUAAGGAUCCUAUUCUUAGCGACGAGUUUGAUGGAAUAAAUUUAAAAAGAGGCCAAACUGGUGUUUUUGAUUUAGAAGAUUUAGUGGACCUUCUGCGAAGAGAAAACUCCAGAGAUAUAUUUGUUGCAGCUGUUCCUAAAGAGAUAAAUUAUGUAGAACACAUUUGCGUUGUCAGUGCAAGAAGUAAACGACAUCUACAGGCUUUAGCUGAAUUUGUUAGAAAAGUUUAUAAACGAAAAUGCCAUAAAUCAGAUCACAUACCAAGACUGGAGGGAAAAGAUUCUGAUGAAUGGAUAGCGUUAGACUUAGGAAAUAUUGCUUUGCACAUAUUUUCAGAGAAAACUCGGAAAGUAUAUGACUUAGAGACAUUAUGGUCUGUGGGCGCUGAUUAUGACAAACAAAUUAGCAGCAAAAAUGAUGUUAUUGAUAUUUUAGAGAACUACAGUUCCUACUUAAAGGACCUUAAACCUUUGGCAUAG